CUUGUUUUGCUUCAAUCUUGAGAUACUCUCAUGGAGGUGUCUUAUCCAAUAAGUAUGAGGGGUGGAGCCCAUAAUCAACUCGACACGCCACCAAAUGCCACGUGUCAUGACCCAACAACUUACUGAAAAGGCUCUAACUUUACCGUCGUAUUUCGAAACGACAAAAGGAAAACCACUGUGACAAGUGUCGUUGGCUGUGUUGAGUGAAGCCAUAGAAAAAGAAAUGCAAGUAGUGAUUAGUGUGAAGAAACCGACAACAGAGAAUGAUAACUGAAACUAUUAAAAAAGCAACCUCCUCUCUCUCUCUCUCUCUCUCUCUCUCUCAUGGCCAUCUCUGACAUGGGUCAUCUUCUUUUGUGGUCUUAGAUUCUUUGGUUUCGGAUCUCUCAAGUCAGACCAUUUUACUUUUUUCUUUCCUUUCCUUCAAUUUAUGAAUAUCAUAUGUUACUACUUCAUUUAAAUCCUUAAUCAGAUCUAACGUCGAAUAAGGAUAAGGAUCACCCAAUUGACCAUCUUCACUUAACUUCAUUCAAUUCACUCUCUGAUUAGAAUGCUUGACAAAUAAGGAGAAAAAUGGCAGCAGCAGAAGCGAGAGCUGUGUGGCAAAGAACAGCUAAUCGUUGCUUUGUGCAGGAAGAUGCCAAAAGAGCUCCCAAGUUAGCUUGCUGCCAAUCAUCUUCAACAUCUAAACAAGUUGAAGCAGGACCUACUGCAGCAGCAACAGCGGAUGCCCCAGAUCAUCCUGCUGUUGGCUUCAUGCCUCCAAACAGGAAUCCUUCGUAUUCUAGUCUAUCCCGCGACACAAGAUGGUGGCUCCAAAUGCAACCUAAUUAUGGACAUCAUAAGGGUUUUACAUAUGAACAAGUAAAUGAUUUGGUGGAUGAAAAAGAAACCUUAGAAGGUGGUGUUGUAAAGUCAGCUCCUAAGAUUGGCGAGGCCCAAAAAGGUGACACACUUCUUGAUAGUCAAACGACUAGUGAUUGUUUUCAUGAUGAGCAUAACAUUGUUGCUAAAAACAAGGCUUUGGAAAUAGGAAAACAGAAUGUAGAAACUGUAGGUUAUGACAUUAAAAAACUCGUCGACUCAACAGCUAGCUGGGAGAUUAUGCAGAUGGAUUCUACUGACUACUCAGAUGCCAAACCAGCCAAUGACCCGUGUUUAGAUCCAGAAUAUAGUUGGAUUGGGAGUGAGAAGAGUGAGCCGUGGUGGCGUAUGACAGAUAGAGAUGAAUUAGUCUCUUUAGUUGCUAGAAAAUCACUUGACCAUAUUGAGAACUGUGAUCUUCCCCCACCUCAGAAGAUUUGCCAUAGAAGUCAUCCAUUUGCCCACAUUGGGUGUUUUGACAAUAAGGAAAGUUCUGCAUCGUUAGAUAGAAAAACUCACACUUGUGGUCUCUCCACUGGGACUGUUCGUCCUCAGGGAUUUGCUAACACUGGAAAAUCACAAGAGAGACAGAAAUAUUUAUAUGAUGAAAAGUCAAGUUACUGCAAAACUCUCGAGACUAUGACAGAGGGGGUCGAAGAUUCCGGCAGUGAAUUUAGUAAAGAACAGCUGAUAGAAGCACUCUGCCAUUCUCAAACAAGAGCAAGGGAAGCCGAGAAGGCAGCAAAGGAAGCAUACGCCGAGAAAGAGCACAUUGUUACACUCUUCUUCAGACAGGCCUCUCUACUUUUUGCCUAUAAACAGUGGUUCCAAUUGCUGCAGCUGGAAACACUUUGUAUUCAGUUUAGGAAGAAUGACCAGCAAAUGUCCACCCUUUUCCCACUAGUCCUUCCAUGGAAGACUUCUAACAACAUUAAAAAACCAAGGAAGAGCUUUGGCUGUGAUGGUGCCAAAGGUAAAGGAGAAAAAAGAGGGCAGCCUGAUCAGGACAUCACCAAAUACGCAGUUGCUUUCGCAUUGGGGUUGAGCCUUGUUGGUGCUGGUUUGCUCCUUGGAUGGACUGUGGGCUGGAUGUUACCUCAUUUCUAGCCUAAUUAGCCAACUUCUUAUGCUUCUGGUACCAUUGGUUCUAAAAUAGAACAACAGAAUAUGAGUAUGAGUAAAUUGUUUUCUUUAGAUUUUCUCUUCUUUCUUUUUGCAAUUAGGCUUUUUGUACGUAAAUUUUUUAGUCUACUUCUAUGUACAGAAUGAUUUUCAUGAGAUGUUGUAUAUAUGUUUUGAGUAGAUAUUUCUGUAAGCUGUAUGCAAGUCAUCUUUAGUUUCCCUUAA